AUGAGGCAGAAGAAGAUCUUCAUGAUCCAAGGCCGCUACCCAGUGAUUCGAUACCUUUUACGCCACAGGGGCUGGGUAGAGAAGAAGAUGGCGCAUCACAUAGGUACUGUACUGCCUCUGACCCAGAAGAAUCUGGAUAGCUCAGUGAUAUGUGAUAACCGCACCACUGAGGAUGAGGAUGAAAAUGAGGAUGAAGAGUUCUACCCACCACAGUUCUUUGACUUUGCUAGUUUACUGGAAUUUGAUGACACAGAUGGGACCCAGGCUCUGAUGUCCCACAUGGUUCGGAAUGAGACCCCCUACUUCAUCUGGACCACUCGGCGCAAUGUCCUGGACUGUCACCUCCUCUCUAAGGAUCAAAUGAUAAACCACUAUGCUCGGGCUGGCUCCUUCACAACCAAGGUGGGCCUGUGUCUCAAUCUCCGGAAUUUGCCCUGGUUUGAUGAGGCCGAUGCUGACUCCUUCUUCCCACGCUGCUACCACCUGGGAGCGGAGGAUGACAAGCAAGCCUUCAUAGAGGACUUUUGGCUGACAGCUGCCCGCAACGUUCUCAAACUGGUGGUGAAGUCCAAGUGGAAACCAUACUCUAUGCAGGAAGAAGAGGAAGAGGCCUUAGGGGACAAGCAGCUUAAGAAACGGGAGAAAAAACCGGUGAUCGUGUCUGCAGAGUUUGUGGAUGAGGCUUUGCGUGCAUGUGAGGAGCACCUCGGCAGCCUGGCUCACUCGGACAUUGACAAAGAGCUGGAGGCCCCACAAUACCUCAGUCCUAAGGACUGGUCCCUUUUCCUCCAACAGUACUACCGAGUGGUCCAUGAACAGGCAGAACUCAAGCCCCACGACACUCAGGUCCAGCGCUGUGAGGACAUCCUGCAGCAGCUGCAAGCUGUGUUACCCCAGAUGGACAUGGAAGGGGAUCACAACAUCUGGAUUGUGAAGCCAGGAGCCAAGUCCCGAGGACGAGGCAUCAUGUGCAUGGACCACCUGGAUGAUAUGCUGAACCUGGUGAACUGCAGCCCCCUGAUGAUGAAGGAUGACAAAUGGGUGGUACAGAAGUAUAUUGAGCGCCCCCUGCUCAUCUUUGGCACCAAGUUUGACUUGAGACAGUGGUUCCUGGUGACUGACUGGAACCCACUUACUGUUUGGUUCUACCGUGAUAGCUAUAUCCGAUUUUCUACACAGCCCUUCUCCCUGAAGAAUUUGGACAACUCAGUGCACCUGUGCAACAAUUCCAUCCAGAAGCACCUGGAGAACUCAUGCCUUCGGCACCCGCAGCUUCCCCCAGAAAACACAUGGUCCAGCCAGAGAUUCCAGGCCCACCUGCAGGAGCUGGGAGCCCCAGAAGCCUGGUCCACCAUCAUUGUCCCCGGCAUGAAGGCUGCUGUGAUCCACGUGCUGCAGACUUCUCAGGACACGGUGCAGUAUCGGAAGGCCAGCUUUGAACUCUAUGGUGCGGACUUUGUGUUUGGACAGGACUUCCAGCCCUGGCUGAUUGAGAUCAAUGCCAGCCCCACCAUGGCACCCUCCACCACAGUCACAGCCCAGCUUUGUGCUUGUGUGCAGGCCGACACCCUCCGGGUGGUCAUCGACUGGCGGCAGGACCGCAGCUCUGACACAGGAGGCUUUGAGCUCAUCUACAAGCAGCCUGCUGUGAAAGUGCCCCAGUAUGUGGGUGUCCGGCUCCUGGUAAAGGGUGCCACCAUCAAGAAGCCUGCAACAUUAUGUCACCGACGGAUGCCUCAUCUCCUGACUCAGCAAGGCUCAGGGGAAGGCAAGGGCUCAGGGCCCCUCAUUCACGUGUCAGCUUCUAGGAAAACUGGAGCCAGAAGCCUGAGGCAUAGUGAGAAGCCAGACUCCACUGCUAUCACCUUGCCUCUGGAAAGGGCUCCCUACUUUAUACCCAGCCUCUACACCAAGGCCCACCUGCCUUCAACUCCUACUUCAUGGCCCCUGUCCUGGAAGCGCCUUAUGGCCCUUGUUGGAGCACACCUUAUCACCGACAAGAAGGUCAAAGCCAAAGGCAAGUUCAAGGCCAGACUCUAA